AGCCUGGCCUCAUCAAGCUUUCCUUGUCGUGUCAAUCUGCAACAAAAUCCAGCAUCGCUGUACCGCCCCGAAAAUGGCGUCCCGUACAGAUGCUCGGUUGCUCAAAACAACAAAAUUUCCGCCGGAAUUCAGCCAGAAGGUGGACAUGCGGAAGGUCAAUCUGCAAGUCAUGAAAAAGUGGAUUGCCAAUCGCAUGUCAGAAAUUUUAGGGAACGACGACGAUGUUGUUAUAGAGCUGUGCUUCAAUCUGAUCGAAGGCUCUAGAUUCCCUGAUAUCAAGGCUUUACAGAUUCAGUUAACCGGAUUCCUUGACAAAGAUACAGCUGGUUUCUGUAAGGAACUUUGGAAGCUACUACUGAGUGCCCAAGAUAGCCCUCAAGGUGUUCCGAAGGAGUUGCUGGAAGCCAAGAAGUUGGAACUGAUUCAAGAAAAGAUGGAGGCUGACCGAGCAGCGAACGAUGACCGACGACGCGAAGACCCAACUCGACGUGACAGAGGUACGGGAGACCCUAGAAGCAGGGACAGACACCCUGGCGGCCGAGACCGACCUAACGACUGGAAUAAUCGUCGACCCGAUUUUAAUAGUAAUCACAGUUUCGACGGGAGAGGAGGAGGAGGUUAUGUAAGAGGGAAUAGAAGGUCCCGCUCACCAGGAGAUCGUCAAGACUCUCGGUCUAGACCCAGCGACAGCUAUAUGUCGCGUGGCAGAGCUGGCCAAGCCUCAACGCAAACACAAGGUGAUUCAAGACGCAGCCGACGUCAUUCAAAAUCACCGGGUUCAACAAGGCAUCGAUCUUCGAGCCGCGGUUCCCGGGAUCGAUCGCGAACGCCCGAUAACCACUCCAAACAUCGAUCGAGCAAUUAUAGGAAGCGGUCGCGGUCACGCUCUGGUUCACGACGGGGCGAACAUAGAUCAGGGAGAAGAAGCCGCAGCGUUUCUUCUACCAGGGCCUCGAAAUCUACCAAACGCCGGAGGUAUUCACCAUCUCCUAGUCGCUCCAGAGAUAGCCGUAGACGCUCAUCUUCGGCAAGCUCUAGGUCCUACAGCUCGAGAAGCUACUCCAGGCCCCGAAGCCGAAGCCGAAGCCGUACAAGAGACUCCCGCAGUCGGAGCAGGAGCAGAAGUAGAGAUAUUGGUGGCAAAGAUCGGAGACGUCGGAAUUCGUCCUCCGUCUCUCCUGAGCGCAGCUAAACUAUAGCAUUUUGAUCUUCAAGGCGUUAAGGCUGUCAACGUAAAAUAGUGAAGUAUAUGUUGGACCUCGAUUUAAGACACGCAUUGCAACGGGUGAUAAAAAAAUUAAUGGUUGACUAUGUUAAGUCUUGUUUUACAUUAUAAAUCUUUCGAGUACAAUUGAUAUCAAUCCGUGAG